ACACCGGUCUUACCGGUUACGCUUUCAGAGUAUGACAUUUGUUACCUUCCGGUUCUUAUGGUAAAAAAACAUCUGCACGACCCCAGAAGUUCAUCCUCUCUUUCCUGUAGCCAUGGCGGACAAGGUGAAAAAGGGUACUCCCAAAGUCGUCACUCCUCAUGCCAAAAAACCUAAAAAGGAACCCAAAGACAAAACGAAGAACACAAUGAGAGAUGUACGAAUCCGCAAGCUUUGCCUGAACAUCUGUGUGGGAGAGUCUGGAGAUAGGCUUACUCGUGCAGCUAAGGUGUUGGAGCAACUGACAGGACAGCAGCCUGUGUUCUCCAAGGCGCGAUACACUGUCAGAUCCUUCGGUAUCAGAAGAAAUGAAAAAAUUGCUGUUCACUGCACAGUCAGAGGAGCUAAGGCUGAAGAGAUCCUCGAGAGGGGGCUCAAGGUGCGUGAAUACGAGUUGAGGAAGGACAAUUUCUCAGACACAGGCAACUUCGGCUUCGGUAUCCAGGAACACAUUGACUUGGGUAUCAAAUAUGACCCCACCAUUGGUAUCUACGGGCUGGAUUUCUACGUUGUUCUGGGCCGACCAGGAUUUAACGUCGCACACAGGAGGAGAAAGACCGGAGUAGUUGGUUUCCAGCACAGGCUCACCAAGGAGGAUGCCAUGAAGUGGUUCCAGCAGAAGUAUGAUGGAAUCAUCCUCCCUGGCAAGAAGUAAUUUUAACAUUUGUACAAUAAAUGUUUUAAAAAACUAA